UAGACAAAUGGAAGUAUGAGGCUACUUACUAUUACUCCUUCAAUUCGUAGUUCUAUUUCAUCUCGACUGUUGAGGCUUAGCAUCUUUCUACUGCUUACCAUCCCUGACUCAAAAGCCAUUUGGACUGCCCACCUGAAUAUAACAUUUCAGGUGGGAAACCGCAUUGUAUCAGAAUUAGGAGAGAAUGGAGUGUUCGGGAAUCAUUCUCCUCUGGAAAGGGUGUCUGGUGCUGUGGUACUUCCUGAAGGAUGGAAUCAGAAUGCUUGUAAUCCUAUGACCAAUUUCAGCAGGCCUGAACAGGUAGACUCUUGGUUGGCCCUCAUUGAACGGGGAGGCUGUACUUUUACACAUAAAAUCAACGUGGCAGCAGAGAAGGGAGCAAAUGGUGUGAUCAUCUAUAACUACCCAGGUACGGGCAACAAAGUAUUUCCCAUGUCUCACCAGGGAACAGGAAAUACAGUUGCAGUGAUGAUAGGCAACUUGAAAGGCACGGAACUUUUGCACUUGAUUCAAAAAGGAGUCUAUGUGACAAUCAUCAUUGAAGUGGGGAGAAUGCAUAUGCCAUGGCUGAGCUAUUACCUCAUGUCUCUGCUUACCUUCCUGGCUCCUACAGUUGCCUACCUUUUCUUGUACUGUACCUGGAGACCUAGAGUGCCCAGUGCUUCCACCAGAAGGCGGAGACAGAUAAAGGCCUAUGUGAAGAAGGCAAUUGCUCAGCUUCAACUGCGAGUGCUCAAAGAAGGGGAUAAGGAACUAAAUCCAAAUGAACACAGUUGUGUUGUUUGCUUUGACGUAUACAAACCCCAAGAUGUAGUGCGUAUUUUAACUUGCAAACAUUUUUUUCAUAAGGUGUGCAUUGACCCUUGGAUUUUAGCCCGUAGGACAUGCCCUAUAUGCAAGUGUGACAUUCUGAAAACUGAAGAAACCCCGAGAAUUUUCUGAAGAUGUAACUGAGUCUUUUCAAAGAUUAAAAUUAGGUAAAUUCUGUUAGCGUUGUAGGUAGAGAAAAAAUUUAACUCCAGGUUCUCUACCCAAGUACUAAACAGGGUGAAAUUCAUGUUUUUAAAAUAAAA